CGCCGUCUUGCUCUGCGACGUUCCGGACAACAUAGGCAAGGGCGCUGCCAAUGAUACUUGCUGAACGCCUAAUGUUCGACGUCUAAUUUGUCCUCCGUCUCUUGCGCUUCAGCUUUGCUAGUACCAGAUAAUCUUUAUCGGUGUACAGUCAUGGCACCUAAACGCAACUUAUUUCUUCACCUCUCGGCUCUCUCCGAUACCGAAUUUGCCACCUAUGUUGAAGCACUACAGGAUAUUAUGGAUGCUGAUGAUGGCGAUGGUGGUAAACCGAUGUUGUCGGACGAAGAGUUUGAAGGCCGGCGAGUCAGCAUUCCUGUAGUACGAGCAUGGAUGAAGGGUCGUUUCCGAGACCUUGGCUCUGCCGAGAUCGACAAGGUCUUGCAACUCUUUGCAUCACUUACACCGCAGAAGGAGAUGUCGGGUGGACAGCUUCUGGCCGCAUUGCGUCUCCUCAUGCACGCUCGACAUGGUCAAGAGAUCUGCGAGGGAAAUGUCUUUGUCCAAGCGGAUCCCUCGUCCCCAGCAACAUCUCGUAUCUCUCCAUCGUCUUCCAGUGCCAGGACUAUGGUCCGAACGGACUUUCCCACAACUGAUGCUCCGCCUUCGCCUCCAAAGACGGUACCUGCAAAUCUGAAUCCGUUUUUUCAAAGAACCAGACCGCCUAUCCCUCCUCCAACCGACCUAUCCACAGACCCCCGACGCGCAUCACUGUCUUCUGCAUCCGGUCUCCCUCCAAUAUCUUCCAAACCUCGCGUUGACGGAAUAGGAGUCCCACCAGGAUCAACAAAUCCCUUUCUCCAACGCGCAAAGACGCAUUCUGGAACCUACGAGCCGAAUCCAUCUGGUUCUGGGCGGACUCCUCCCCUUCCUCCGCGCAAGCCAUCGCAUAUUUCCUCUUUAAAUGCCUUCCCUAAACCUCCUCCUGUUCCGGCGAAGUUGGUCCAUUCGGUUCCUCCUCGCCAGCCGAAUUCGAGCGCCUCCGUCUCAUCUUCCUCAAACUCGCCCCCGAAUGCUCCUUCGCCGUCAGCUCACUUCGUGACUCCGCUUAUGCAGCAGUCGCUCCUUGCCUCGCGUGUCGGCGCAUCACUCAAACGAGCUCAAGACGAGGCCGAGCGAACACGAGUUCUCGAAGUUAUUCGGUCUUCUGCUGACUCCUCGGUUUCACGUGACCGUACUAAGAGCCCGAGUCGCAGUCCAGAUAAGGGAACACGAAGACCUGUACCUCGUCCUCCUCGAAAACCGACAAUCUCCUCUGCAAAAUCGGAUUCAGGUGCACCAAGCGAAGCGAGUCUCGCGGAAGUAGCAAGCGCUCGGUUGACUGCGCGAUCACGCAUAAAGCCGACAUCACCUGAUCGUAUUUCUAUCAACUCCAGUUCGUCCUCGGAAAAUGAAAAUGAAAACGAAGGAGCGAAGACACCUUCAAAGGGGCGGCAAUUGUCGACUUCUGAACAAUUUUCUCCACCCCCGACACAUCCUGCACGCAGACCUAGUGCUCGCUCUUCUUCCAGUCGUGGUCGACAUGUUCGAUCUCCGUCGUACCAAUGGCAUGGUAGUAACUACCCUUCGUCUGCUGCUACUUCACCUUUUACAAAAUCAUCCUCCGCUCCUGGUAGUCACGAUAAACAGUCAUCAUCUCCUUCUCCCUCGCCUUCUCCAGUCUCUCCUGUAAAUUCUCGUCCUACACGCUCGCAAAGUAUGCAUCAGCCCUCGUCUCCGUCGGAUCUGACGAAUACUUCUGUUUCUCUCUUACCUCCUCCACGACGUAAACGGCCCGAGAGUGCCCAGUUCCCGACGCGUCCGCGUGUAUUAGAUACCGACCAUGACGUCUCCGGCGAUCUCGACCCCUCUUCUCCAUUCUCGAACUCCUUUGGCGUGCAACAACAACAAUCUCGGGCAGGCGGUGGAGGGAUCGUCAAUAGCAUGGCUGCACGAUUCGACAAAGUAUCAUUUCAGCUCGGUCGGGAGAGUGAGCCAGAACGAGAACGAGAACGAGAUAAGGGGGAGAAGCAUAAAGAUACCUUUGUGUCUCUUCAACGGACGUUUAGCGCUCUCCAACAGCGUGCUGAACCUGCCAUCACACGUGCACGGUUCAAAGCCGAAGCAGGUAUCCUCGCUCCACGUCGAGGUUUCGUACCGAACGGAAGAGACUACCACAUGGCUGGCGAGGACGGGGAUCGUCUCGUCAAUCAAAGUGACAGCGAGGGUAAUGGAGGCGGGAUGGACUUUGGUGCUUCGACUGACCAAGAUUAUGAAGAGGAAGACGUUAGUGGUGAUGAAACAAUUCGAUUUCGUGGUCGAAGCCGGAGUGAGAGAACGAAAAAACCUGUAUUUGAGAGGGACGAUUUAAAGCUUCCUGAGGGUGAGGGAUGGACGAAAUUGUAAUAUUUCUCCCAUCGUUAUAGCUUUAGUUAGUUAACAUGCGCCAGUGCAAUUUUCGAUUUUAUAAUAGGACCCGCAAAACCUCGUUUUCCGGUUUUCGUUGCUGCAGAUAGUGAUAAAGGAUGGUUAUAGUACCAACCUAUUUUUAAUGUUGUGUUUGACAAAUUAGUUUGUCAAGAAUUG